UCUCUGAUGUUUCUUCUGAAUUACGACGGAUUUAUAUGAAUACAUGUAUUUGAAUAUCAAAUGUUGAAUACAUGUAUAUUAAUUGAAGUACGCUUAAAGUGCUUGGAGGCAGUCGUGCGUUUCACGACCAGCAUAUCAGUAUAAUUACACGCCUAUAAACAGAUGUCAGUUUACAGAUUUCCUGUACACGCGUGUGUUAAGACAUUGACAAAUAACCAGUAACGCAGAACGUACAGACCGCACCGGCUUUAUCGUUGUCAAUCAAAAGGUCGAUGUAUGCCUUUGUGUUGAAAGAGCAUAAACACACUAGGUCGAGACGGCGCUAAGACGCGUUGUAAGGGAGGGGAAAUUAAUGUGGUAAUUUAUAAAUAUGUGUAUGUUGAACGUGUUUGAAUUAUAAAAAAGAAUUAUAUUGUUGUAUAUAUUUUGGUUCGAAUUUAAAGGAUUUGUAAUUAGAACAAUGGCCAGUGCUACAAGUUCGGCUAAAGGUGAAUUCCACAUAGGUGGCAAAUACAGACUUGUGAGAAAAAUUGGAAGUGGAUCUUUUGGAGACAUUUAUUUGGCAAUAAACAUUGCUAACGGGGAGGAAACUGCAGUAAAACUUGAAUCACAGAAAGCCAGACAUCCACAGCUGUUGUAUGAAAGCAAGUUGUACAAAAUCCUUCAGGGAGGUGUUGGAAUACCUCACAUAAGAUGGUAUGGCCAGGAGAAGGAAUACAAUGCAUUGGUCAUGGAUCUGCUGGGACCAAGUCUCGAAGAUCUCUUCAAUUUCUGUUCGCGGAGAUUCUCCAUGAAAACAGUGCUUAUGUUGGCUGAUCAGAUGAUCAACAGGAUAGAAUAUGUACAUAACAAGAACUUCAUCCACAGAGAUAUAAAACCUGACAACUUCCUCAUGGGUAUUGGCCGACACUGCAAUAAAGUAUUUUUGAUAGACUUUGGCCUAGCCAAGAAAUACCGGGACAGUCGCACACGACAGCACAUCCCGUAUCGUGAAGACAAGAACCUCACUGGUACCGCAAGAUAUGCCAGUAUUAACGCUCAUCUUGGCAUUGAACAGAGUCGCCGUGACGACAUGGAAUCUCUUGGUUACGUGCUCAUGUACUUCAACAGGGGCACACUACCCUGGCAAGGACUAAAGGCUGCUACCAAGAAGCAGAAAUAUGAGAAAAUUAGCGAAAAGAAAAUGUCAACACCAGUGGAGGUUUUGUGUAAGGGCUACCCAGCUGAGUUUGCAAUGUACCUGAACUACUGCCGGGGUCUGAGGUUCGAGGAGGCACCAGACUAUAUGUACCUCAGGCAGCUCUUCAGAAUCCUGUUCAGGACCCUCAACUAUCAGUAUGACUACGUUUUCGAUUGGACCAUGCUGAAACAGAAGGCUGCAGGAAGUUCCUCCGCUGCUCACGGUUCUCAGGCGCUUGCCACAGCUGGUGGCGGGGUUUUAUAAGGUCGAUUAUAAGAAUUGGUUCAGGGAUCUCCAAACUUUAGCUGUGAUCACUCAUGAGUGAUUGACUGGUGAUUGAUAAGCGAUUGACAGGGCCUUCUGAUAUUGGCCAAAAAUGUUUGAAUUUGUAAAAAGAGGAAGGUUUUUAAUUUUCAAGUGUCUAAGAGUAAGGAAUGACAUGUUAUUAGGUAUUGGAUGUAUGUAUCAUUCACAUUUAUUUUCACAUGUGUUGUUCAAACAAUUAUCUAAAAAUGUAUAUGUCUGCAUUAUUUAUUGAUGUUUUACAAUGUAUAAUUUUUGUUAUUGUGUAUGGCAUAUAACCGUAUGUUUUUAAAUCACACAGGACUUUUAAAAUGUUUAAGCAUCUGAUAAAGUGCAUUUUAUGAUGGCUUGAUGAUUUUGUUGCAAAUAUAUUGUCAGUAGAAACACAAAAAAAGGUUUAUUAAAUCAGUUAUUAUUACAUCAAGGGGAAGGAGUUAUAAACUUUCACUAAAUUGUGUUGUUUUUCUUAAAAGCUAGUUGUUUAUGUUCAUGUUAAAUAUAUAAGCUUAAAGAUGAAUAGUAUUUUGUUAUUUUCAAACGCUUUAUUGGAGGUAAGAACUUGUAUAUAUUUAAAUAUGUGACAUUCAGUCAAAAAGAACAGUGUUGUUUUGUGUUGAUAUUCCUCAGUAAACAUAUCAAAUAUUUGCUUUCAAAAUUAACAAGUCAUAUUUUAUGUUAUGAUCUGUGCUUCACAUUUGUUUUUAUUUUAUUUUUAUUUCUUUAUUUCACGAAUCAUUUUAAUCAUUUUAACGUUGUAUUAUUAAUUUCUUUAUUUCUAUAGCAUAGACUGCGUAAGGACAUUGAUGAUUUACAGUUCUUUUGCAUUUUAUUUGUUUUGUGGCACCAGCUUUGCUUUGUGCUUGCAAUGUUCUGUAAGUUAAUUUUUAUUUUUAUUUUCAGAGCUUAGCUAUGAUUAUUAAAAUCUCUUAUCUGAAAAUGUGUGACGAUUUAUUUCAAAUAACUACAAAUGAUAUGUUAAAAGUUACUAUAUGUUCUGUUAAAAAUAACCUAUUUGUUUUAAUAGAUUAUCAAUAAAGAUAAGUUCUCAUACAUUAUAAAUAAAGAUAGUCAACUGUUUGUGCUAAGAUAAGCACUUGAUGUGCACUUAAAAUAUUGAAUCUUUAUUUUAUUGUCUUGGAACCUUUUUCCAGAAGCUGCCUUAGUUGAACUUAAGUUAAUAAAAUCUCAAUUUCGAUUUUUUUUUACAUUUAACUAUUGUAUGAACUAGAUUAUAAGAACAUUUGUGAAUCAAAGUACUGCAAAAUGUCUUUUACAUUUUAAUUAAAUAUAAUUUUUCAAGAAUAUGACAACGAGAUAGUAAUGAAUCUGGAAAAUGACACCUGAACAUAAGCAAAGAAGAAAUGUUUCAUUCAAGUAUUAUGUAAAUAGUAUUCUGUUAAAUCUGAUUUUGAAGAAUUAAUGCACCUAUGUUGCAUCGAAUAGUUUUGAAAUGUUAAGUCAAUAAAUAAUAAUAUUUUAUUGCUAUUUUUAGAGGAGCAUUACAAACAAGAUUCAGAAUUCUGUUUUGUCGUUCCACAAUCUAUUACUACAUGCAAAUGCUUGUUUAUUUCUCUUGAAAAUGGUUAUUGUCUUUAGAGAACAUUUAAUAUUAUUUUUAAUGUUUAAAAUGGACCAACCUUGACAAACAAAAAUGAAUUGUUAGAAAAUAACCCAACAUUCAUUUAAGUAAUGCAUGCUCUUCAACAUUCAUUCAAGUAAUACAUGCUCUUUUACUGUGAAGUACUGAUUGUGUAGUAAUAAUUUGGUAUGAAUGGACCAUUAUUUAAAGUUACUGGUUUUAUAAUGCAGAAGAAACCUGUUAAUAAAUAGACUUUAAAGUUUUAUCAGGUCAGCAGAUUUGUUUGUACUUAAGAAGAGUGCACAUCUGAAUCAUGUUUCGUUUAAAGGCUUUAGUAUUUGUUGAUUGAUUGAUUUGGUGGGUCACGACUGUUACAAGACGAUGUUAGGUCAUACAUGUUCAUUACAGAGAGAAUGUCUGUCUGAAAGUACAAACAAAGCAUCACUGCAUCCGUUGCAGUUGGUUUGCUUUGAUGAAUAUUUAUGAGUUCAGGGAGGAAGAUGUCUUUGAAUCAUGACGUACUCUGUGUUGGUCACCUGAUUGUAUUUUAUCAGAAUUUUGAAUGUUGUUUUGUGCACUUUUAUUGUGUAAAUAGUUUGUACAUUGUAUAAAUUGCUGUCAGCCCUAAAUUUAAAACAACAAAUAUAUAAAAUGUGAAUAUGAAA